GAUUGAGGGGGAGGGAGGGUGAAAGAGGGAGGGAAAAGAAAAAGUUUGUAGCUGGUGGUCUGGAAAAAAGCGUGUCCAGAACACAAGGCAGACUGCAAGCAGCCGAGGAUUUAGCCCGCUUCUCAUCUUGCUUUCCCCAGUGUCGGUACUCUUUUUUGGGGACGUUGAAGACGCACAGCCCAUGGUCUACCUCCUCGCCGAGAAAUAAAGUUAGUCGUGCGGAAUGUCAAGAGGAAAGGACUCGAUCAGUGGAGAGUAACAUGUAGCAGCUCCCCACCGGACUCAUGGGAUCAGAGGCGGUGGAGGACUGUGUCCAGGGGGCGCUCUCCUCUCUCUACCCCCCCUUCGAGAGCACCGCCCCUCCUCUUCUCUCACAGGUAUUCUCGGUGCUGGAGUCCACCUACCAGCAUGACAGCCUCCGCUACCUGCUGGACUACUUCGUCCCCGCCAAACACCUGCUGUACAAACUGCAGCAGCACGCCUGCUCCCAGUACCUGGGCUGCCUGUUCCUGCACUCGGGUUGGCCGCUGUGUCUCGGGGAGAAGGUGGUGGUGCAGCUGUCCACCCUGGACUGGAGGCUCCUGCGCAGCACCGACUUCUACCUGCAGGUGGUGCCCUUCUCCACCAGGUGUCCCCGGCUGGCCCUCAAGUGCCUGGCCCCCGGCGGCCGCACGGUGCAGGAGAUCCUGGUGCCCGAGUCGCAGCACCCCCUAGUGUUCACCACCGAGUGGCUGCACAGCGUCAACAGGGAGCGCGGGCACAAGCGUGAGGUGGGCGGUGGGCUGGACACCUGUCUGGUCAGCACCUGCGACGGCGUGGUCCGGCUGCCCUGGAAGGAGGUGGUCUACCCCAAGUUCAUCCACGACCCCACCGAGGACCCGGGCCUCAUGUCCCACGGCGGGGGCUCCGCGCCGGGCCGCCUCCCCAGCGAGGGGGGCAGCAGCGGCGGGGGGCUGGGCGGCUGGGGGGGCUCCUCCUCCGGAGACCCCGACUCCUGGUCCUGGGACGAGGAGGAGGAGGAGCAGGACGACAACAACAACAACAACACCGGCGGCGGCGGCGGCGGGGGAGGAGGGACAACGGCGGGUCGCGACCCCGAGCCAGCGCUCCCCCGACGCAGGCGCAGCGAGGACGGCCUGGGCCGGACCUCCAGGUACCUCCAGACGGACGGGGACUACGUGGAGCUGCUGGAGCCCCGGGGGGGGCCCGACGGGGGGGCCGACGCCCGGCAGGCGCAGCCCUCCUCCUCCUCCUCUUCCUCGCGGUACCUGGAGAUGCACGCCAUCAGCAAGACCAAGACGCUGCCGCUGUGCCGGCGGAGCUACGCCAUCAAGCUGAAGAGGGGGAAGGCCUGGGGCUACGGGAAGGCAGAGGGAUCCGGGAGCUUCCGGAAUGUUAUAGGCGGGAAAAGGGACGUGACGUCGACGCACAGGGGGGACACGUUACCGGCUCAACCCUCGCCCCCCAGAGCCGACGAGCAGGGCGGCGUGGGGCGCUCGUACUCCUCGUCUCUCCACGACUCGGACGACGGCGAGAAGGCCCGGGAGAGCCAGGGAGUUUAUUUCGAGGGUCCGUCCAAGGAGAGGAGGCCCGGCGUGGGCAAGGAGAGGGAAGGAGUCGGCCUCUCGCAGCCGUGCAGGGACGGGGGUAAGGAACACGAGGGCGUCAGUGACACUUUGGCCAGCAAAGGCUCCCAAGGCUUGACCAAUCACAAGCUGUUGCACACGAUUGAGGGCCAAUCAGAUCCCGGGUCCCAGUCGGACUCUGUGUUCGAGGAUGCCGAUAAACCACUGAGCGGGGACAGCGAUUCCACCACGCCCACUUCAGAAGCUCCGGAAUGCGUACUCAAAGCCGGCACGCCGUUGGCCGACCUUCCGGGAAGCGGGGCGAAUGCCACCGUCCCAUUGGUCGACGGAGUUAGCACGAAGAAAUGUCAGUUGAUGGGACAAUCUGGAACGUGUGCGGGUUCUGCCGACCCAAACGCGAGCCAGGAACCGGAGAAGAAUGUAGUGAAGACCGCUGGCAGGGACUUACCUCAAGGUAGAGACGUCAGAGCAGCAGCAGUGCGGGCUCCCAGGAGAAAGAGGAAGGGAAAGGGGGCCCAAAGAAGGGCUCGCUCCGGUGGCCGUGGCAACCAAAAAGCUUCUAAAGCUCUGCCUAAAGCUCCGCCCCCACUUCCCGCCCGCCCUUCCUCCGCCAAACCGCCAAUCACCAAGGACAGCCAAUUAGAGAUAGCAGAGGAGUCUAGUGGACGGGACAAAGAACAAACUUCGUCCAAUCAGGGAGCUGAAGAAACCCAACCAAGGAAAGGCAGCACAGAGACUCAGACCGAAUCUGACUCCAUCAGCCAAUCCGGUACGAGUUUGUCCAACCACGAUGCUUCAGAGUCAGGACCUGAAACCCCUCGUCCCGUCCUAUCAGAGAACCCGUCUGCUGAAGCCCCGCCCCUCCUGAGGGAACUGGACUCUGAUUUGUUACAGUCUGGGAAAUUCAAGCUAUCCGGUACGGUGGACAGGCUUGGCCGGGCUCUGGUCGUCACGGAAACCCACGUUCCUGAGGAGGGCUACAGUGCUGAGGAGAUGGCCAGAGUUCUGUCCUGUUACCACAGAAUCACUCGCCCGGCAGCCAAAGAAAAAGGCCUGACCGUGUUGAUUGACAGCCGCCAGAGCCCGCCCUCCCCUCUCUUCCUGUCGGCUCUUAACCACUUCCAGGUCUUGGUUCCAGGCGGUCUUGGUUCUGUUCUGGUUCUCCUGGAAGAACAACAGGAUGCCACCGCUCUCGAGCUGGAACCACUGGAGGUCCACGCGGUCCAGGGGACCGGGGUCCUCCAGCAGUACGUGGACCGGCAGCAGCUCCUCACGGACAUGGGCGGGGACUUCAGCCACGCCCACGCCGACUGGCUGCUCUUCAGGCUGAGCCUGGAGAGCCUGACAGAGCGGUGUGAGGGCGCCCUCUCACUGCUAGGAGAGGCACUGCGCUCCAUGGACGCUGAACCCAUGCCAGACAAUAUCAAGGCUGUUCCUUUAAGUAUUGAAAAGCACAGAGGACUCAUGAUGGACGUCCUGGCCGACCAAAGACUAACAGAGCUGCAGCAGAGGGGUGGGGCCUGGCUCGCCGGAUUAACCAAUAGCACGUCAGGAUUGGCACAUAAAUCCCCAGACUGCAAAGCUGCCCUCGCUGCGACCUCUGACCUCUAUGAGAGCGUGGACGAUGCCCUUCACCGAUUGGUCCGCAUGUCCAACCAGAGAGGCUGCGACCUGGAGGCUCUCGGACGUCUGGCGGGGCUGGUGGACAAACUGGAGAAGUGUGACCAGGAGAUCAGGGAGGUGCAGUCCCAGCUGGAGGAGUACAAAGACCCGCCCCUGUCCCUCAGCCGGCUGUCCGUCAAGCAGCACAAGUUCAAGAGCUUCAGGGAGACGGCCAACGACGUCCACAGCGAGAGCCUCCAGGUGCUGGGCCGGCUGGAGGUGUGGGCCGACCUGGACUGGUCCGGCCUGCGGGACGUCCAGCUGCUGCUGCCCCCCGUCAGGGAGAGGCUCAUCGACAUGAGUCACCUGCUCUCCCACCGCUGGAGCUGCCUGGACAACACCCAGAGGCUGCUCACCACGCUGACUGAGGCCACCCAGUGGUGUGACGCCGUCUCCUCGGCCUCCCCCUCCUCCUCCCCCCUGGCCUCCCUCCCCCCCAUCCCCCCCUCCCGGUUCCAGGACGCCCGCUCCCUGGCCCUGGAGCUGGGCGGGGGCCCCCUGCUGGACCUGUGGACCCAGACCAUGGAGCGCUACCAGCGGACCGUGGCGCAGGUGAAGCCCCGGCUCCUCCAGGGCCCCGGCCACGCCCAGGGGCCCCAGGCGGGGAAGGGGCCCAAGACCCCCUGGACCAGCAGCCUGUGGGAGCUGAUGGGGCCCGAGGGGGAGGGCGAGGGGGACUGGGGCGGAGGCGGCGGCGCGGACGGGCCCCUGGGGACCCUACAGGCGUGGGGGUCCCUGGCGUCGCUGUUCCGACCGCAGACCUGCUCCACGCUGAAGAUCGCCGAGCCGGCCGGGCCCAGGAAGGAGGGCGGGGGCGGGGCCUCGGGAGGGGCAGGGGGCGGAGCCGGAGGGUUCCUGCAGAACCUGCUGAAUCCGGCCAAGAAGACGGUGGCGGCCGACGCCCCCGUCUUCCAGAAGCCCCCCAGGCGGCGCCACCCCAGCUUCGACCUCCAGGCCCUGCUGGCCCCCCGUCGGUCCACGCCCACCCCCCCCCCGGCCCCGCCCCCGCCCCCCUGCUCCACCCUGGCCCCGCCCUGCCGCGCCUCGCCCAUGUCCUGGCUGGGCCGCCGCGCCGCCCUGGUGGACCCCGUCGUCACGGCGACGCUGGCCGCCACCAUCCCCAUGUGGGGCGACGGCGGCGGCGACGGGAGGGCGACGGGAGACCGAGGGGGAGGCGGAGGAGGAGCGGGGGGAGGCGUGGGAGGAGUCAGAGGCGGAGGUGUGUUGAUCCGAGGCGUGGAGGUCAGCAGCAAGGAGGUGGUGGACCACACGGGGUCGCCACGGCAACACGUGCUGCUGGGACGCAUGGAGCGAGAGAUGGGGGGAGAGAGGGCGGGCGCCUCCACCACCACGCAGAGUAAGCUGUACCUGCUGUGGUGCAGGAUGCUUAGUGCUGAGCGUCAGUACGUGGCCGUGCUGAAGGGGGCGCAAGAGACCUUCCUCCCCCUGCUGGAGCUCCCGGACACCCCCGCCGCCCUGCGGGGAAAGGCCGACGCCCUCUUCCCCUGCUGGGCCGGCCUGAGCAGCUUCCACGCGCAGUACCUGCUCCCGGCCAUGGAGGGCGCCCUGCUGCAGAGCCUGCUGCAGCACGACUGCUUCAGCAAAUACAGUGACCACUUCCUCCAGUACUCCCAUUACAUCCGGACCAAACCAGAACUGGACUCUCCGUUGGUCACACAGGCCUCCGACUUCUUCAAGACGAAGCUGCCCCCAUCCUCCCCCCUCUUCCCCAUGGCGUUCCCCCGCUGUCUCCAUGCCCCGCUGCAGCGUCUGGAGCAGUACUGCCACGCCCUACAGGAGCUGGGGGGCCUCAACCCCGCCUCCGACUCCGCCCUCUCCAUGCUCAGACACGCCCAGCGCCACGGCGAGGACCUCCGCGCCAGCGACCUCAUCGUCGGCUGUCCGGUGUGUGUGUCGGAGCGGGGGGACCUGGUGAGGCAGGGGGAGCUGGUGGUGUGUGGGGGGGCGGGCGCCCGCAGGAAGAAGGGGGGGGUCCGGACGGUCUUCCUCUACCAGAACAUCCUCAUCUUCACCAAGAGGAGGACCUGCAGCGCCGCGCGCACAACUUACACACACAAACACCACAUCAAGAGCUGCGAGAUGGGCCUGACCCAGAGCGUGGGCGAGGACGGCCUGCGGUUCGAGGUGUGGGUCCGCCAGGCGCCGCGGGGCCGCGACGUGCUGACGCUGCAGACCCCCACGCCGGCGCUGCGGGAGGCCUGGGCGCAGGACGUGGCCCGGCUGCUCUGGACGCACGCCAUCAACAACACGGAGCUGUGUCUGAAGGAGUCCCUCUGCAUGGGCAUGUCCAGCAAACUGCUGCUGGACGUCACCGGCCCCCACUGCCCCGAGACCGACUCCAUCAGCACCCUGACCGACAGAGUCCACAGUAGUUGUUCUGACUCGUCCUCGGUGGGGAGCCAGAAGGAGGGGGGGUCUCCCGCCUCUGGGAGGGAGCCCAGAAGGAGCUCUGGGUCCUCCUGCUACACACUGCAGAGUGGCUCACCGUCCACAGCUGUGUAGGAGCCUGGUUCAUCUCAAACCCCAGAACUGGAGUGAAGAUCAUUAUAAAAACAUCUCGCAAUCUCCGGCUGAUAUCUGGACUCCAGCUGGACAUGAAAACAGAGGAGGAAAACAACCAAGCAAAGACACUGCACAACUAUUUCAGUCACUCCCUCUCUUUCCUGUGCAAUUCCUACCUCACAUGCCCUUACAACUCCCUCCCCCCAACCUUUACUCUCCAUAGGAAAAAGAAAACUACUCUCAAAAUUGACUGCUCACAUCCCAAUCCCCCCCCCCCCCCCCCUUAAUAUAAGCUUCACAUUUCACCCCCUGAGGCAGGAAGGAAGGAUGCGAUGCAUUUUAAACAAACCAAAGAGAAGAGGAUCCAAACUGUCCCUUGCCCCAGAAGAGCCCUCUGCGAGCCGCCAUCUUGGAUCUGCCUGUCUCAGUCGCUGGCGGAGACAUUGACACCAGAGGCUCUUCAGAGCCACAGAGAGACCAUUGUCUGCCCCCCGACUCCCCACUAGGCCAAACCACUUGGUCUCUAACACACUGACAGGCUGACUGGCUGGGUCACUGAUAGGCUGACUGACUGGUUCACUGACUGGUAGACUGGCUGGGUCACUGAUAGGCUGACUGACUGGUUCCCUCAAUGGCUGGAAGACUGACUGGUUCACUUACUGGCUGACUGACUGAUAGACUGGCAAGGUUGCUGACUGAAUUACUGACUGGCUGAUUGACUGGUUCACUGACUGGCUGACUGACCUGUAGACUGGCUAACAGACUGACUGGUAUACUGACUGGAUAACUGAGGUGGCUGACUGAAUGGUUCACUGACUGACUGACUGACUGACUGACUGACUGACUGAGUGGUGGUUGGCUGACUGACUGACAAGUUCACUGAUGGACUUGCUGGCUGAAUUGCUGUAGAUAUCCAUCGGAUAGUAACAGGAAAUGAUGCGUGGGUACGCGGAGUGGAGUGUAUUGAGUCAUCGUCGGCCAUUUUGACAACACUGAUGGAGGGGGUUCUGGCUUUUGAAACUUGGCACCCCUCAGUCUCUCUCUCUCUCUCGCUCUCUCUCUCUGUCUCGCUCUCUGUUUAGUGUGUGUGGUAUAGACCAGGUGAGAUUAAAUCUAUGGAAAUGAGAUUGAGGGAGUGUACACAUUAACACACUCAUGUGUGCGCUCACACACAACCACACGCACACAAACACAAAGACAGUCAUGCGUUACGUGGAAUUACACACGCACACACACACACACAAUGCACACUGGCUCACACUAUAGCGGGCAGACAUUCCUAUUGUUGUGAAACAGAGGGGCACUGUUCACACACACACACACACACACACACACACACACACACACACACACACACACGUACACAUACCUAGUCUCUUGCACACACAUACACACUCAUAUGUCCUCUCUCACCCACACACACCCCUCUCCCACAGCGUUGUGAGUCCUUUGUAGAGGCUGGUACAGAUGAGCGGAAAGCUCACAACGACGGGCCGGGCCCUGUUACAGGAAGUGGCCCCUUAAGCCCCGCCCUGAUUCAAUCACCAGGGCCUGUGUUACCGUAACAACCAUCUAUACAUUUUGGGAAUUCUGCAUUUACUUGGGCUAAUGCUGUUCCUCUGUUGUUGUUGUUGUUGUUGUUGUUGUUGUGGUUGUUUGUUGUUUGUGUUUCAAACAACGUUGAACCAAAGAUUCACAGCUCGUAAUAUAGGAAUUGAGGCCUUGGCAUUUUCUGUUAGUUUCUACGAUUUUUACAUGUUAACGGCAUAACAAAAGAAAAUACAAAGCCUAAAGAUGCUUUUUCUAUCGUGACGGACAAUCUUUUUAUACUAAUAAUGAUAUUUAAUGAUAUACCUUUUUGAAUGUGUUUUUAAUGGAAUAAUGUCAUAUACAGGUGAAUCUGCAGUGUUAUUUUGGAUAAUAGCCUCAAUUGAAUGUGUUUUCUAUUAUAAUAACAUGCAUCUCUGUAUUCAAACAAUCUUCCAUUAUUUCUUUUAAUUCUUGAUGUUUCCUUGAACCAACAAAGAAGGAAACAGGUGUUUUUAUGACUUUGGUUUAAAGAUGUUUUUAAAAUAAGGGAAAAUGCAAUGCUCCACCUGGGCUAAACGUGCCUUAGCUAAGCUUAGGGUUGACCUGCAUCUCUAACUCGCGGUGUAUUGUUUGAGCCGCGAGCUUGGAAAUAUACUGCAGGUCAGCCAAACAAACUGGAAAACUGCCUUUAAAGACGAUAGUGGUGUCGAUACCGCACAUAACUUUGUAUUAAGCAUCUCAUCAACGACAGCAGCCUGUCAAUAAUGCUAAGCUCGAAAGGCCUACCUGAGCUACAAAGGCUAGGUUACAAUCCCACACGGCAGGGUGCUCUGAGUCCAAAAGGGUAUUGUGCUUUUUUUAUCCAAGUGAUUUCCCGGCCCAAGCCCUCCUUCUGGGGGUAACUCUGCUUGAAAAUGUACAAAAAGAGUGAAAAACAGAAAGUAGAAAGAAAGGAAUUGCAAAUGACUAUUGAGCUGUACUGAAUCAAUAUGUAAUUUUCAGGCUCGAAGACGUCCGCUCAAUUCCUAGCCUAUAGGUGUUUGGUGCGUUGUGUUUAUAUCGAAUACAACGUAAUGAAUGCCAUAUUUCAUUCUCCUUGCCGUAUAUAGAUUUUACAAACAUAUAUAUAUAUAUAUAUCGUUAUACUCAUAGUUUCCAGAGCCGACGUACCACUGCAGUGUUUGUGUACAUAGAAACUAUAUAUUCUCUUCUGCAUACUCUCUGUGUAACGACCUACUCUCUGCAACGAUGUUUACAUUUUUAGGGGCAAAAGGCAUCGGAAUUUCAGAAUUUGGAAUGUCUGGGAAAAAAAGGAAAAAUAUUCGGCUGGGCUUAUGAUGUACUUGAUGAGGAUUGCUCUCUCAAAUCGAAAUAAAACUGGAUGCCA